AUGGGCUAUACUUUCAAGAGGAAGCUCAAAAGUCUUUUCUCCUUCUUUAUUCCAAACUUAAAGAAGAUUCGUUAUAUCGGCAGGUUCCAAUAACUUUGUAGAGAUCUUCGAAAUAGUUAAGUACUUAGAUUUUUCCUUACCAUUAAGUUGUAUGAAGUAACUGAAAUCUUUAAAAUACUCUUCAGAAUUGCAAUGAGCGGUGGUUAAAGGAUCAAGCCAUUGAUGAUUGAAAUAAUGCUCGCUUCUUAUACUCGCUAAGUUCUAUUUUUUGCUUUCAUAGCUUGA